AAAACGUAAUUAUAAAGCAUUUACUAGUCCCUCUCUAACCAGCUGCGCACCCUCCACUCCACCAUGAUGGACCUGUACAGGCGCACGGUGACGCGCUUCCCCCUGGGCAGCGUCAGCUACAUGUUUGCCUACGGAUCGGGCGUCAAGCAGCAGGUCGGCUACGGCGAGAUCGGCGCGAAGCCGGCCCCGAAUAGUGUCAUCGAUCUGGUGUUUUGUGUGCGCGACUCACUGGGCUUCCAUGCGGAGAACAUUCACCGCCAUCCCAGCCACUAUUCGGCGUUGCGGCAUCUGGGUCCGCGGUUCGUGGCCCGGUACCAGGAGCGGGUGGGUGCCGGUGUGUACUUCAACACGCUGGUGCCGCUGCAAGAUCUCGGCCUGACCAUCAAGUACGGCGUGGUGUCGCAGGAGAGCCUGAUCGAGGAUCUGAAGCACUGGCGGCAUCUGUACCUAGCCGGGCGGCUGCAGAAGCCAGUCACAGAUCUCGUCAAUCCUGAUGACAAUCCCCUGCUGAAGUCCGCGCUCGACCAGAAUCUGCUGUCGGCCCUACUGGUGGCGCUGCUGCUGCUGCCCGAGCGAUUCACCGCCUACGAUCUGUUCCUGGCCAUUGCCGGGCUGAGCUACAAGGGCGACUUCCGCAUGAUCUUCGGCGAGAAUAAGCAGAAGGUGCACAACAUUGUGACGCCCCAAAUAUCCGAGUUCUUCGCCCUCUACCAGCCCUCCAUGAGCCGACUGGAGCCGUACCUGGCCGUCAAUAUGCACGGCCAAGAGCCGGGCACCCGCAAGCCGGCGAUUCUUUUCGAGCAGGACAAGUCGCGCCUGGCCACGUCCCAGCACUUGCGUCGCAUGCCCAAGGAGCUGCGGCGACGACUGCAAAGCAAUGCGGCCAGCCGUGGCGACUUUCCCGAGGUGGUGGAACAUCUGUCGCUGUCCCCGCUGCUGCCCAAAGUGCUGCAGGCCUCCGUCAAUGACAUUGUGUGGCGCAGCAGUGUGACGCAAUCGGUGAAGAACAUUGCCAGUGCGGGCGUCUUCAAGUCGCUGAUCUACAGCUACCGCAAGGCCCAAAAGACGUUUGCCGUUUAGACACUCUCUCUUUCCCUUUCCAUAUUGCUCCCGAGGCUGCCAUUUACCGACUAAGUUGCUUUGACCCGUCGCUUCCACGUUAUGUUGUUUAAUUUUAAGCACAAAAGUUGUCACAAUCAAUACAGAAACCGCGCAAAGAACA